UAGAGGCAGAAAACCGGCGGAGGUGGCGUUGCUGCGGCCGUGGCUGGAUUUCUCGCUCUCCGUGCUUGUCUUGGGUCGGGUUCCGGUCCCUCGCCAUUGCUGCUCCUGGGAGCGAGGAGGUUGAUCUCUUGGAGAGGCCUCUUCACUUACAGGACGCAGGACGCGGCCUCUCAGCGGCGGCCCACCAUGAGCGACGAAGGCCAAGUGGAGAUAGAUGGCAGCGUUAUGGAAGGGGGUGGCCAGAUCUUGAGGGUAUCUACAGCUCUGAGUUGCUUGCUCAAUAAACCUUUGCAGGUGAAAAAUAUCCGAGCUGGCAGGAGUCAGCCUGGUCUAAGGCCUCAGCACCUGUCUGGAUUGCAAAUGGUUCGUGCUCUAUGUGAUGGACAGAUGGAAGGUGGAGACAUCGGGUCAAUAGAGAUCACUUUCACACCUGGGAAGAUCAAGGGUGGAGCUCACAUAGCAGACACUAAAACAGCAGGGAGUGUUUGCUUGCUAAUGCAAGUAGCCAUGCCCUGCGUCCUUUUUGCAGCCUCUCCUUCUGAGCUCCGUUUGAAAGGCGGCACCAAUGCAGAGAUGGCUCCUCAGAUUGACUAUACAUUGAUGGUCUUCAAGCCAAUAGCUGAAAAGUUUGGUUUGAUUGUAGACUGUGACAUAAAAAGGAGGGGCUACUAUCCGAAAGGGGGCGGUGAAGUGGUUGUCCGAAUGUCCCCAGUUAAGCAGCUAAACCCAAUCACUUUAACUGACCGUGGUACGGUGACCAAGAUCCAUGGAAGAGCCUUUGUAGCUGGGGCUUUGCCAAUCAAAGUGGCCAGAGAUAUGGCUUCCGCUGCAGUGAAAUGCAUCAGGAAAGAGAUUCGGGAUCUUUACGUCAAUAUUCAGACUGUUAGAGAGCCGGAUAACGAGGCCUUUGGAACAGGAUCUGGAAUUAUAAUUGUUGCAGAGACAUCCACUGGCUGCUUGCUGGCAGGAUCAUCCCUUGGUAAAAGAGGUAAAAAUGCAGACAAAGUUGGAAUUGAAGCAGCGGAGAUGUUGCUGGGAAACCUUCGGCAUGGAGGUGCUGUGGAUGAUUAUCUGCAGGACCAACUGAUAAUUUUCAUGGCUUUAGCAAAUGGGAAAUCGAGAAUAAAAACUGGACCAAUUACGCUGCACUCCGAAACAGCGAUACAUUUUGCUGAACUGCUGACAAAAGCUAAGUUUACCGUGACAAAAUCAGAAGAUGAAGAAUCUUCCAAGGAUACCCAUAUUAUUGAGUGCCAAGGAAUCGGAUUGCUAAAUACAAAUCUGUAAUUAUUGCUCUGGGUGGGAUGGUGUUAUGUUUAUUUUGGUUUGUUUUUCUUUAAAUAUCUGUAUAAAUGUAUUGCACUUCAUUCACUGGAAUGUUUGAAUAAAGCACUUCCUUAAA